AUGUUAACGGUACCUUCAAGUGUAGAAGUACCAGUAUUUUAUCCUACGUAUGAUGAAUUUAAAGAUUUUUCAGCUUUUAUUGCUUCUAUUGAAGCACGUGGUGCGCAUAAAAUUGGCUUAGCAAAAAUCGUUCCACCAAAGGAAUGGACGCCACGUAAAAUGGGUUACAAAAGCAAACAAAUCGAUGAAAAAUUAGUAGAAAAUCCAAUAAAACAAGAAGUUCGGGGAAAAGAUGGAAUUUAUUCUGUAUUCAAUAUUCAACAACGAUCAAUAAAAUUAAGUUCAUUUAAAAGAUUAGCAUCGUCCAGUCGAUAUGCAGCAUCGUCAGCGAUCUCGAAUGACCUAGAAAAACUAGAGAAAAAAUAUUGGCAAAGUUUAACAUCGAACGCACCGAUCUAUGGAGCCGACGUCAGUGGUUCAUUUUAUGAUGAGAGCCAAAGCAUUUGGAAUGUAAAUAAUUUGGGCACCAUUCUUGAUGAUCUCGUUACUGAAUGUGGAACGAAAAUUCAAGGUGUGAAUACAGCUUAUUUAUAUUUUGGUAUGUGGAAAGCAAGUUUUGCUUGGCAUACUGAAGAUAUGGAACUCUAUUCGGUUAAUUAUCUCCAUUUCGGUGCACCGAAACAAUGGUACGUGAUUCCACCAUCGUAUGGUAGAAAAUUCGAACAAUUUGCUGCAUCUCGUUUUCCUCAAUUGGCACGUCGAUGUCCAGCAUUUCUUCGUCAUAAAAUGACAGUCAUAUCACCAACAAUAUUGACACAACAAUCGAUUCCAUACAGUAAAAUAACACAAUAUGAAGGCGAAUUUAUAAUUACAUUUCCUUACGGUUAUCAUGCUGGAUUUAAUUAUGGUUUCAAUUGUGCUGAAUCAACAAAUUUCGCUUUAGAACGUUGGAUUGAAUAUGGAAAACAUUCAGUAAGAUGUGCGUGCCGCGAUGAUAUGGUUACGAUCAGUAUGGAUGUAUUUGUACAUAAAUAUCAACCAGAACUAUAUGAAGAUUGGUGUCGAGGAAUUAAUUUAACGCCACAUCCUGAAGAUAAGCCAUCGUCAAGAAUAAAUAAAAAUAAAUUUUUGGCGAAAAAACAUUUAUUAAUGAAUAAGAAUCCUAGUAAAACAACUUGUGUCGAAUCCUCAAGAACUGUCGAACAGCAUCAAUAUCAUAAACGUAUAUCCGACGAACGAUAUGUUUGUAUAUUUCUUAAUUUAGCAAAAUUUGACAAGCAAAACCAACAAUCGACUAGUCAACAUCCAGUUCCGUUGAUUCGAGCUGCAUUGUGUCGUGCAAAAUUUCAAACGAAUAAAAAUCCGAUAAAAAAUUCUCAUAAACUUCUAUGUUUAACAGCUAAUUUAGUGUCAAAUCUUCCCUCGAAUGUUUCAAUAUUUUUUAAUGGCCUAAAACAGGCAGGCAACUAUCGAGAAGAUAUUCUCGAUGGUCUUUGGAAUUAUCAAUGUUUAAAUAUUAAAUCUGAACAACUAUUUAAUCGAUGGUUAUGUAAUCAAUCCUCACAUUGCUCAAUAUGCUAUUUUUUUAUUGCCAAUAAAUCCAAUACGACUGACUCAAAUCAAUCAGCAUCAUCAAUUCGUUGUUUAUUAAAAUCAGAAGUAUUUUAUAAUCCAUCUGAUAAUUCUAAUGAACUACUUCGAUGUUCAAUGUGUCAUAUAAGUGUACAUCGAGAAUGCUAUGAAAGCGUAUGUCUUGCGAUCAAUGCAGAUAUUAAUGAUGAAUAUGAUCCAUGGUUAUGUCAACACUGUAUUUUGAAAAAACAGAGUUCGAAAACAAUUGAUGAUCGUUGUUCAGCUUGUUUAAUUCGUGGUGGUCUUCUGCUGCAUCCAAAUUUAUCUCCGUCUUUUAUUCAUGCCAUCUGUUCAAUAUAUCAAGCAUAUCAAUUAUCAUGCCAGUCAAAUUUGUGCCAUUAUUGUUCAUCAUUUUGUCCAUUAAGUUAUCGUCGUCUAUCAACUCAUAGUUUUGCCUCUUGUAAUCACUAUCAAUGUAAAAAUACAUUUCAUAUUACAUGUGGUCUAAUCAGCGGAUGUACAUUUCAAUAUGAUCAAGAUUAUUCAAUUAUUGACGCUCGAUGUCAUUUGCAUCCACUUACUUCUAUAUCAAGUCCAUCACCAGCCAACGAUGAAAUGGAUGAUAAAACAAUAAAAUAUCCUCACAAUCUAAUAGAUGAAAAACAAAAUUAUGAUGGUGACAUAGUUGAAGAAAAGAAGCGUGUACCUUCAGGUACUAGAGUACUAAUUAAUGAAUCAAAGGGACAAAAACUUGGUCAAGUUAUACGCAAUGAAAUAAGUUAUCACUAUUCAGUUGACUUCGGUGAUGAUACUUACAGUCACGAUAUGCUUGCUGAAGAUAUACUUGAUGCUGAUCCAUCGAAAUUGGUGAUCGGUUCAAAUAUACGUAUUCGAUGGACAGAUGGUACAAUAUACACAUGCAAAUAUUUGGGUUGUCAACGAGUACUUUUGUAUCAUAUUAAAAUUGAUAAUGAAACACGACAAAUGCAGCGAAGUGAAUUUUCACUUGAUAUACAAUUACCAUCGCCGCCAUUUACACCUUCUACAAAUGAGCAUGAAAUUGAUUUUAAUCGGUCGUCUUCGUUGAAGACAACAACAAAACGACAAAAUCAACAGCAAAAACAGCAAAUAAAACGAAAACGACGAUGUCUUCUAAUAUCAUCAUCUUCUUCUUCAUCUGACGAAUCUUAG